UCUUGUUUGUUAACUUUCUCGAAACAUUCAUUAACCGUCCAGACUCUACUUGGCAUAUAAUUUUUCCUAAAGAAAUUUUAUUUCAUUUCGAAUAUCAAGUUGUUUGAAAAAUUAUAAAAAACAAAAAAUGGGUCGUCGCAAGUCCAAACGCAAGGGUCCGCCACGACGAAAGGCUAUUGAGUCUCUGCCUGUACUGUUCGAUUGUCCUUUCUGCAAUCACAAACAAGCUUGCGAAGUGAAAAUGGAUAAGGGACGAAAAAUAGGACGUGUUACCUGCACUGUGUGCAUGGAAGCAUAUCAGACGUCCAUCAAUCUCCUAUCGCAACCAAUUGACGUCUUCAAUGAUUGGAUCGAUGCCUGCGAAGAGGAGAACUAACUAAUAUUUCCUGACACCUUGCCAAGAAAUCGCAUUUUGUAUAAAGAAUGUAUAUGUUUUACUCUAUAAAAUACAUACAAAAUAUUCUAC